CCAUUUUGGCGGCGGCGCUCGCUCUGGCCCCUGCGCUCGCCGAGCACGUGAGCCGCCGCCCGGGGCCUCGCGGGGCAGCGCGGGGGCGGCGGCCGGGACCGGACCGGCAGAGGGCGAGGAGGGAGGAGGAGGAGAGAGGGAGGAGGCGGAGGGUGGUAGCGGCCGCCAGGCUCCGUCGCGGAGGCUCCCGAGCAACGAGGACGGCGUUCAUCCCGCCCUCGCCGGGAGGCAGCGGCGGGGAGGAUGCCGUCGGUCAGCCUGCCGCCCAAGGAGAACGCGCUCUUCAAGCGCAUCCUGAGGUGUUACGAACAUAAGCAGUAUAGGAAUGGGCUGAAGUUCUGUAAACAGAUCCUUUCUAACCCAAAGUUUGCAGAACAUGGAGAAACCUUGGCGAUGAAAGGACUGACAUUAAACUGUCUAGGGAAGAAAGAGGAGGCUUAUGAACUUGUGCGUAGAGGCCUAAGGAAUGACUUGAAGAGUCAUGUCUGUUGGCACGUCUACGGCCUUCUCCAGAGGUCAGACAAGAAGUAUGACGAAGCUAUCAAAUGUUACAGAAAUGCACUGAAAUGGGACAAAGACAAUCUUCAAAUCUUGAGAGAUCUUUCUCUGCUACAGAUUCAAAUGAGGGAUCUUGAAGGUUACAGGGAAACAAGAUACCAGUUGCUUCAGCUCCGACCUGCACAGCGAGCAUCAUGGAUUGGUUAUGCUAUUGCUUACCAUCUGCUGGAAGACUAUGAAAUGGCAGCAAAAAUUUUAGAGGAAUUUAGGAAGACACAGCAGACAUCACCUGAUAAAGUGGACUAUGAGUACAGCGAACUCCUGCUGUAUCAGAAUCAAGUGCUCCGGGAGGCAGGACUGCAUAAAGAAGCCUUGGAGCAUCUUUGUACCUAUGAAAAGCAGAUCUGUGAUAAACUGGCCGUUGAAGAAACAAAAGGAGAACUCCUGCUUCAGCUUGGCAGACUUGAAGAAGCGGUUGAAGUCUACAAAGGACUGCAAGAAAGAAAUCCUGAAAACUGGGCCUAUUACAAAGGGCUGGAAAAGGCACUUAAACCAGCUAAUAUGAUGGAGAGGCUAAAGAUCUAUGAAGAGGCCUGGACUAAAUACCCAAAGGGACUAGUUCCAAGAAGAUUACCAUUAAACUUUUUGUCGGGUGAAAAGUUUAAGGAAUGCCUGGACAAGUUUCUAAGGAUGAAUUUCAGCAAAGGUUGUCCACCAGUCUUCAAUACUUUGAGGUCAUUAUAUAAAGACAAGGAGAAGGUGGCAAUCAUAGAAGAGCUCGUGAUAGGUUAUGAAACCUCUCUAAGAAGCUGCAGGUUAUUUAACCCAAAUGAUGACGGUAAAGAAGAACCUCCAACCACUUUACUCUGGGUCCAGUAUUAUUUGGCUCAACAUUAUGAUAAAAUUGGACAGCCAUCUCUGGCUCUAGAAUAUAUAAAUGCUGCUAUAGAAAGUACUCCCACUUUGAUAGAGCUCUUCCUUGUGAAGGCAAAAAUCUAUAAGCAUGCUGGAAAUAUUAAGGAAGCUGCAAGGUGGAUGGAUGAGGCUCAGGCUUUGGACACAGCAGACAGAUUUAUCAACUCCAAAUGUGCAAAAUACAUGUUGAAAGCAAACUCCAUUAAAGAAGCAGAAGAAAUGUGUUCUAAGUUUACAAGGGAAGGAACCUCGGCAGUAGAGAACUUGAAUGAAAUGCAGUGCAUGUGGUUUCAGACAGAAUGUGCGCAAGCUUACAAGGCAAUGAACAAAUUUGGAGAAGCACUUAAGAAAUGCCAUGAGAUCGAGAGACAUUUUGUAGAAAUCACGGAUGACCAGUUUGACUUUCACACUUACUGUAUGAGGAAGAUUACCCUUAGGUCUUAUGUGGACUUGUUAAAACUAGAAGAUGUACUUCGGCAACACCCGUUCUACUUCAAAGCAGCACGAAUUGCCAUAGAGAUAUAUUUGAAGCUUCAUGAUAACCCUUUAACGGAUGAAAAUAAAGAGCACGAGGCUGAUACAGCGAAUAUGUCUGACAAGGAGCUAAAGAAGCUACGGAAUAAGCAGAGAAGAGCACAAAAAAAAGCACAGCUGGAGGAAGAGAAGAAGAAUGCUGAGAAAGAGAAGCAACAGAGGAAUCAGAAAAAGAAGAAGGAUGAUGAUGAUGAAGAAAUCGGAGGACCGAAAGAAGAACUUAUCCCUGAAAAAUUGGCAAAGUUGAUCGGAUGGAAGUCUUUCUAUUCUGUGUGUAAGGUCGAAGCGCCUUUGGAAGAAGCCAUUAAAUUUUUAACACCCCUGAAGAAUUUAGUGAAGAACAGAAUAGAGACACAUCUUUUUGCCUUUGAGAUUUAUUUUCGAAAAGAGAAGUUCCUUCUGAUGCUUCAGUCUGUGAAGAGAGCCUUUGCUAUUGAUUCUAGUCAUCCUUGGCUUCAUGAGUGUAUGAUUCAUCUCUUCAGCAGCGUAUCUGAAAGUAAGGAUCUCCCCGAUGCAGUUAGAACAGUGUUGAACCAAGAAAUGAAUCGACUUUUUGGAGCAACUAAUCCAAAGAACUUCAAUGAAGCUUUCCUUAAGAAGAACUAUGACUCACUACCACAUAGGUUAUCAGCUGCCAAAAUGAUGUACUAUUUAGAUCCUUCCAGUCAGAAAAGGGCAGUGGAGCUGGCAAUGACCCUGGAUGAAUCCCUUAUUAACAGAAAUCUACAGACUUGUAUGGAGGUAUUAGAAGCUUUAUGUGACGGUAGCCUUGGAGACUGUAAAGAAGCAUCUGAAACUUACAGAGCAAAUUGUCAUAAGCUUUUCCCUUAUGCUUUGGCUUUCAUGCCCCCUGGAUAUGAAGAGGAUAUGAAGAUCACAGUUAAUGGAGAUAGUUCUGCAGAACCUGAAGAACUGGCCAAUGAAAUAUGAACAACUUUAUUGGAAAAAAAUGACAUUGGACCAUAUCUGGUGUAUAAUAUUUUUGUCACGCACCUGCUGAAUUGUUCUGACUUACACAGAGAACAGAAGGAAAAAAAACAAAA